CCUUCCCUCCGCUAACCGCCACUCGCCUUUUUCGUCUCCUCCCGCCGGGGAAUCCACACUCCGACCUCCCCGCCAGAUUCCUCAGCCGGCGAGGAGACUUCCCCCCUCCACUAUAACUACCCCGACCUCGCAUCUGCUCCAACGCCUCGCCUCCAUGCCGCUCCUCCUCUCGCCCCUCGCCGCGAGGACCCUCCACGCCCCGCUCCUCCCCGCCUCUGCCACCGCCGCACCGCAGGCCUCUCGCCUCCGCGCUCUCGGUAGUCAACCCCGCGGAUGCAGCAGGUCAAGACUGGCGGUGCUGUCGGAGAAGCAAGCGGCGGCGGUUGUGACGGAGAAGUCGCUAGCGGGGGAGGGGGGCGAUGAAGGGGGACGAUACGACGCGAUUGUGGUCGGGUCGGGGAUCGGCGGGAUGGUGGCGGCCACGCAGCUGGCGGCCAAAGGGGCGCGGGUGCUGGUGCUCGAGAAGUACAUCAUCCCGGGGGGCAGCUCCGGCUACUACCGCCGCGACGGCUUCACCUUCGACGUCGGCUCCUCCGUCAUGUUCGGAUUCUCCGACAAGGGAAACUUAAAUUUGAUAACCCGAGCACUAGAAGCAGUUGGAUGUAAGAUGGAGGUCAUAGCAGACCCUUCUACGGUUCAUUUCCAUCUACCUGGUGAUCUUUCCGUUCUUGUGCAUAGGGAGUAUAACGACUUCGUCAAAGAGCUGGUUAGCAAAUUCCCUCAUGAAAAACAAGGAAUCCUGAAAUUCUAUGGCAUAUGUUGGAAGAUCUUCAAUUCAUUAAAUUCUUUGGAACUAAAGUCCCUCGAGGAACCUCUAUACCUUUUCGGGCAAUUUUUUAAGAAGCCUCUCGAGUGCUUGACUCUCGCAUAUUAUCUGCCACAGAAUGCUGGGGAUAUUGCUCGCAAGUUCAUAAAAGAUCAGCAGCUGCUAUCCUUCAUCGAUGCUGAGUGUUUUAUUGUGAGCACAGUGAAUGCCUUGAAAACACCCAUGAUCAAUGCCAGCAUGGUCUUGUGCGAUAGGCACUAUGGAGGAAUUAAUUAUCCAGUCGGCGGUGUGGGUGGUAUUGCUGUGGCCUUGGCAAAUGGCCUUGUUGAAAAAGGCAGUGAAAUACGUUACAAGGCGAAUGUGACCAAUGUUAUUCUUGAAAAGGGAAAAGCUGUUGGAGUCAAGUUAUCAAAUGGGAAGGAGUUCUUUGCUAAAACAGUGAUAUCAAAUGCCACAAGAUGGGACACAUUUGGGAAACUCGUUAAAGUUGAAGAGCUUCCAGAAGAGGAGAAGAACUUUCAGAAGAAUUAUGUUAAGGCGCCAUCUUUUCUAUCCAUUCAUCUGGGUGUCAAAGCGUCAGUAUUACCUGCUGGUACUGACUGCCACCAUUUUGUACUGGAGGAUGACUGGUCUAACUUGGAGAAGCCUUAUGGAAGCAUAUUUUUAAGUAUCCCUACAGUUCUUGAUCCAUCCUUGGCACCAGAAGGACAUCACAUACUUCAUAUAUUUACGACUGCAGGCAUAGAAGAUUGGGAGGGUCUGCCUAGGAAGGAUUAUGAGCAGAAAAAGGAGCUUGUGGCAAAUGAGAUCAUACAAAGACUUGAAAAGAAGUUGUUUCCUGGUCUUCAAGACUCAAUAGUCCUCAAGGAGGUAGGAUCACCAAAAACUCACCGAAGAUUUCUUGCCCGAAAUGAUGGUACAUAUGGACCCAUGCCACGCGAUAAACCCAAGGGAUUGCUGGCAAUGCCUUUCAAUACUACUUCAAUAGAUGGCCUUUACUGCGUUGGUGACAGUUGUUUUCCUGGGCAAGGUGUGAUUGCUGUGGCAUUUUCAGGGGUAAUGUGUGCUCAUCGAGUUGCAGCAGACAUAGAUCUUGAACAAAGGUCUCCUAUCCUAGACACUGGCCUUCUUGGUGUCCUCAGAUGGUUUAGAACACUCGCAUAGACUAAUAUCAGAUGAAGACCUAGAGAGGUCUUAAUGUUUGCACAUAAGAAGAUGGUCACAGCCUCACAGAUGUCAGGGUUACCGCAUGACCAGACCAGAUGUGUAGACCCGUCCGUACAAUAGCCCAUCAGCAGCCUUUGUGAACCAUUUUUGUUGCUGCCUGAUGUAUACACCCAGCUGGGUUUCAGGCCAUGUUUUCCUGAAAGGCUGAAAUCUUGUCCAAGUGAUCGAGAAUAUUGGAUUACUAUACCGAUUUUAAACUGUAACUUAAGAGAACCAGGGAUUUGAUAAUCUGAUCAUUUGUCUGCU